ACCACAGUUGUUGUUCGCCCGUCGCAUGACUUUUCUUAUCGGAGCUUCGGUGACCGCCACUGCAAAAUCAUUUCAAAUUUCCGUCGUUGGGCGCACAAUCCCUGGCCUGGGCAUUUCCGCCAUUCCUGCUGCUGGUGAUACAACAAACAUGCACGUGCUUGUUUCCCGGCCGUGCCCCCGAUUGGCCUACCGCCCCGAAGAGUGUGGUAUUGGUGAAUCAGACUCUCAUUGGAAUUGAGUCUGACGCCCUCACAGUCGCA